AUGAAGAAAACCCUACGCGACUUCGCCCAUAUAUACAUGUUUUUAGCCGCUGAGAAAGAGUCGAGAGUGUCAAGGUGUGCGCCGUCAGAGAAGAAGAGGAAUACCCCCAAGAAGGAAGAACUUGCUUCAACUCUUACUCUUGUAGCACAAUCGAUAGGUCCUUGUGGAUUCGAUCCCAUACUAUACUUACCUCGUUGCUGUGCACUUGCAGUUGCUGAGGGUCGUAUACUGUCUUCAGAUCCUGAGGAUUUCAUCAAUGACAUUCCAUUAGGGCCUAACUCUGUGAAGGUGCUGGUAGAAACUGCAAUCAUGACGGAGGCUUUUCUGUGGAGACCUGCACCUGACAUGUUUACAGUUGCACAAGCGGUUGGAGAAAUUAUUGCUUGGCCUCAAUGUUCUGCUCUACUCAUAGACAAUGGCGUCGAAUCAGAAGACAUUGCUCUGAAGAGCCCCAACGCCAGUUCUGUAAACCUCUGCAAGCUAAUGGAUUGGUCAACAAAUGAUGAAGAGUUCGUGGCUGAGGGCAGAUGGCAGUCUACUGAUCCUAAAGCGACAGUUAAUGGACUGCCUCUUGGUCCAAAUGCGGUUAAGGUAUUUGUGGAUGUCGUCCACUAUCCUGACACAUUUCUAUGGAGGCCAACAGCAGAACUUUCAAACAUGGAGGACUCUCUCAAAUCGUUCGUAGCAUGGCCAGUUAACAGGGUUGAUUUCGGUGGGGAAAUGCCAAAGACACCAGUAAUAUCAUCUCCGACGAUGUUUACUGCAGUAACUCCACCAGCUCCGGCAAAGAAUCCGCAGCAGACUCCUACAUGUUCUCCUGAUGAUCAGCAUAACAUGGAAAGAAACUAUGUCCAAGAAAAUCAGAAAUGCAUCUUGAUGGAUAUGAGUGGAGAGAACCGUGUGGUCGCCGAAGGUCGAUGGUCUUCAGAUGACCCAGACCUGACAGUACACUUUGUUCCAUUAGGACAUGAUGGAGUUCGUGUAUGGGUGGAUGUAGUUAAGUGGCAAGAACAGGCUGAGAAGGCAGUCAUUGAGACAUUAGGCUUGGGCCGAACAACGCAGCACCUGCUCGUCCGGCUACUUCGUUAUUGGGAGGUCUUCAGCGUGAACAACCCUCUCCACUUUAAAGGAAUUGUUCUCCUCAUGAUCGACGAACAGAAAUGCCAUGUGAAGAAGAAGGAUAUUAGGAAGUUUCUUGAUG